AUGUUUUCAAAUUUGGAUUCGAGACUUCGUCGAGCUAUGAGCUCAAGAAGGGAAAAGAGGGCAACCUAUAAAGAAACGGAGAAUAAUGGAUUAGUUGGUCGAUCCAAAAGUACCAGCGAAACAUCAAGAGCAAAAAAUCUGGCUUUAAAGACAUCAGAGCAAUCAAAAACAGAUUUGAAUUUUACUAAAGUCGAAAAGAUUGUAAUGGACGAGAAGAACGAGCGAAAAGCCAGGCCCCCUCACAAAAGAAGUGUAUCGCAGGAUUAUUUGUCCAGAAAGCAUUUCAUUCAACUCGCAGCGGAUAAAAUUGAACGUUCUCAACAACAAUUGUUGUUAUUGAAACAAAAAGACCCUGCAGAGGAGGUAUAUCCAUCUUUGCGUCUAUCUAGUGAGCUAAGCAUGGAUGUAUAUACAUCUGGUGAUAUGAUCGAGGACAUGAACAAGGAGGAGUUAUAA